UUCAAAGUACAAUUUUAAAUUGUAUUUAGAAUUUUCAUGAUCGAACUAUAAUUUUUACUUUUUUCAUAAAAGUGAAAUAAUAUUUUUGUAAAAAAAUAUCUACAUAAUUUUGGAGUGUGGCUCGGGUUUUAGCCGGUUCGAAAUAUAUGUAGUGUUGAACCGUGUGCAAACCAUUAAUUUUCCGGUUCGAAAAUGGCGGCAGCUAGCGGGAAAUGCUUCCUUGUGACUGGCCCUGCUGGUAUUGGUAAGACAACGUUGAUAGUGAGAAUACUUGAAACUCUCAGAAAUUCAAAUCCUAAUUUGAAAGUUCAAGGCUUCUAUACUCGUGAGAUUAGAGAAGGAACUGAGAGGGUUGGAUUUGAGGUCGUGACGCUCGAUGGACGUAAAGGGCUUCUUGCAUCUAACAAAAUCUCGAGCCCGCAGUCUCUUAGGUGGCCCACUGUGGGAAGAUACAGGGUAGAUGUUGCGUCAUUUGAGUCGUUGGCAUUGCCAGAGUUGCAGGUAAAGGAAGAUACUGAUCUCUUCAUCAUCGAUGAAGUUGGGAAGAUGGAGCUCUUUAGUUCCUCAUUCUUUCCAGCUGUACUAAAGGUCCUUCAAUCUAACAUCCCACUCUUGGCUACUAUCCCCAUUACAAAAGCAGGCCGAGAUAUACCUGGAGUUGCAAGGAUGAAAAAUCAUCCAGGAGCUAGAGUUUUUACUCUCGAUACAAAUAACAGGGAUGCUAUGAGAGAACAAAUAUGUUCCAUCUUAGCAGAUGUGCUGCAAAAGCCUUGAGACAUCAAAGAACACAAUCUUCCAGCUAAUGUUGUAAACGCUCUCGCUGUUAACUUAACCUUCAUUGUUUUGCACGCACCAUUGAAUGCAGUAAGUGGUAUAUUUCCCUCAUUCCCUUAAAAUCUCCCACUCUUCGAAAGUCACUUUGACCAAUGUGGCGUAGAAUGCUCAGAACAGCUGCUGAGAGAGGAAUUCUGAAGACGAGAGAAAACUGGAACUAUAUCUUAUACACGUUGCUAGCUAGUUCUGUUUUAGUACGGUACUGAAAGAUGCCAACUUGAUGACCAUUUGCUUGUGGAUUGUAAUCGUGUGGCCGUAGCUCUUUGCCUUUUAUUUUAGGGGACCAAAAUCAAGAAACAGGAUGCUGCUUGAUUGAUUGUGGAAAACUGUCAACAGGACUAUAAUGAAUACCAUAUUGUACUUUUUUUUUAAUGUACAUUUGCUAUGUUGAGUUCCUCUAA